AAAACCCAAACCAAACCAAAUCGCGAUCACGCUCCCCGCUCUCCCCGCCUCAUCACCCGGCCCUUGCCCCUGGCCCACCACGCCUGAGAGACCUCGCCUCAUCGCACCCUUGUUUGUGUAGAACUUAAAAGAGUUCGAACACCUGCCUGUGGACGAAUGGCGAAGGACGUGACUAAGACUGCUGGGAACCGCCCCGGUUUCUCGCAGGCGGUCACGCUGGCUUGGCUGGUGGGGCUUCUACAGGCGGCGGAAGCUUUCUCAUUCACUACAAGUUCUUCUGUCGGAGCUCUUCGAAAUGUGGCGGUAUCAUCUGCCCCAUUCCAGCGGAAAAUGAGCCGCAGAAGAUCUCUCAACAGGGGCUCGGGUGGGGUGUCAUCUCUCAAGGCGAUCGGUGUGACCUCGUCGGUGAUUGAAAGCGUCGCCAAGGGUAUCUUGAAUCUGGCACUCGCCAACCCCAGGCAGGCGACCGUGGAAUGUACGGUCAACAGCUCGGCGAUGAAUCUAGUUCGAGGGAAGUUGGAGCAGGCCAAGGUGGAUGGGUUGAACUGGGUGACGCCCAUGGGGAUGACGCUGCGCACAAUCGCACUCACGCUGAACGAGAUGAACAUAAAGCCAUCUGAGGUGUUCCGCGGAAAGAUCUUGUUCAAGUGUCCAGCUGAGGGCGAGGCCCUGAUCGAGCUAGACGCCCAAGACUUCGGCAACUUCUUGGUGCACCCUCUGCUGACAACGGCAGAUCUUCCCAGCGGAAAGUUCGAUUUCCGGCGGGAAGGAACGGCCCUCGACGUCGAACGAGGCCGCGCGACCUUCACCGGAAUUUGGCAAGGGCAGCCGGUAGUCAUGGAGGCGUGCCAACCGGAAAGGUUUGGCAAGAUCCACGCGCGAGUGGCGCAGCGAGGCCGGCUGACCGACCUGGGCAUCAGGACGCUCUCCGACGAGAUGACGCACUUCUUCAACACCGUCGUCCUGGACCUAGACGGCACCGCCGUGCGGUUCAGGGACAUGCACCACGGCUACAACAGCCAAGGAGAGCCGUCGCUGCGCGUGACGGUGAGCGUUGUGGUGCACCGACUGCCCAAGCCCGAGAACAUGAAGUUCUAGUCUUCUCUCCGGCUUUGCUUUGGUUUGGUUUUGAUCGGAUUGGUUUAGCUUGGCGGGCAGGUCUGAAAGCGGGCGUUCGAGAGGUCUAGACUCUGGCUCGUGUACAAAGAGGGUCACCAAGUCAUGUUUCAUCUGGCAGAGACAUCGUGGAGUUUCGAUUGGUUUUGUCGGCCCCCGGAGUAUUGAGCCAUCUGGACUUCCUCCAGCACCAUGACCAAAGAGAAUACCCAGGUUUUGUUUGUGUUGAAGAUCGAGUCACUUUGUUACUCUCGAUGUAGCAACUGCGGGACACACUCUGCUGUAUCCGAUCUACCGGCUACUUACAGUGUACUCGGGUGUUAGAUUUUGUUGCUGUAGACCUUCGUACAGUUUCCUUCAUUGGCGUCAUUGCCGGAUUGUGCAUUGUGUGGUGUCAUGUUUCUGCGUAUCUGAUGACGCCCGAGUUCUUCCUGGCACCCUGCUACUUGUCUUUGGGGGUUGGAGGCCCUUGAGAUCUCAGGAACGCACACAUGGCAGGAUGGUGCGGACCAACUGUAUGCCAGGCCGAGAGUCCCGCUGAGUAGAAGUUUUUUUGUCUCUUGUUUCCACUCGUUUUAUUUUCACUCGUUUUGUCCUUGUGUGUUGUUUGCCGCGUGGAUCUCGCGUCUUAGCAUUUUCCCCUCACGAGUGGUCUUCAGCCUAGUACCACCGUAUCUUGUCCGGUUUUUGUCAUGUUUUUUUUCCCGUCUUUUUCAGGGUGCCGCUUCAUGCGCGCCCCUUUGUGCUCCGAAGUGGUUAGUGGGGGUUGGGCUUGACCCAUUCAGAGAAGACGAGGCUGUGUGCUUGUUACCCCGGUUGAUUCUUCGUCUAGUGUAGAUUUAAGCCUCGCGGUAGUAGAAUUCACGAUCUGUGUUGAUUGUUUUUAGUGAAGCAGCCGGGUUGUUCCAGCAACGGCCAACUUAAUGGGCGCUCAGGGCCAACACAGCCUGCCAGGAAUAAUGUCAGUCGUCUUAUCUAGUUAGCCAUAGCCAGAGUACAUACCUCGUAGAAGCACAAUUUCGCAGCCUAGGCAAUACUUACCCUCUCAGUAAAGUAAGUACAUAUACCCCAGUUUAAGGUGUGCGCCGUUGUUCCCGAUACGUAUCUGUACCGUCAUCGUGUGUAAAACAGCCAUUUGACUGUUGUCGUGCACUGGGAUUUGUGUAGAGGCCUCGGUGACUGGAUUGUUAUGAUUGUUUCUUCCUUGUAGCGUCGUGACCGUCGAUAAUCAUAGUUUCAUGGCCUGGGGAGAUGGGGGAGGGGCAGCUUUCGCGUACAAGGAACAGGUCUCAGAACACGCAUGGAAGUAAAUCAUCCUUAUGUAGAGAUCGGUAGGUGGCAGAUGCUCAGGAGAUCGAUCAACAACGUCGGUACACAACGUGCCCGUGUCAGUGAGAAGAAGAGAGUCUGCCCGAUUCAGAUUAGCUCAUUGUUGGACGGGACCCUGCUACCAAUCGAUGAAAAGGCCGACUGGAUAGAUUGGUUGAUUGUUGACCCUCUCACCUGCGCAGAUCACAAUAGCUAGUCCCUUCGAGUUCGAUUGUAGACAUACACGGUCUCC